AUGGCAGAGAAAACAUUCGUAGAAGAAAUAGAGAAAGCGCUGGAAACGUCCAAAGAUCUUAAACUCCAUGAACUUCUCUUUUCCUAUCAGGGAAUUCCUUAUCCGAUUUCAGUGUGCAGUGCAGAGAUGUUUCAAGCCCUGGAGAAUUUUGAAAGCAGAAAAGAUGAUGCGGUGUUGGUGUCCUACCCCAAAUGUGGAGCAAAUUGGUUGAUUCUCAUUGUGAAUGAUCUGAUUGCCACAACAUUGAAAAUUAAGCAGGAGAACACAGAGUUGCCAUUUAUGGAGUGUGGAGAUCCAGAAAAGUUUCAGAGGAUGAAACAAUUUCCCUCUCCAAGGAUUGUGGCCACGCAUCUCCAUUAUAACUAUCUGCCCAAAUCUAUUUUCAAAAAUAAAGCCAAGAUAUUGGUGUUGUUUCGAAAUCCUAAAGAUACAGCAGCAUCGUUUUUCCAUUUUCAUAAUAAUGCACCAACCAUUCCCAGUUAUAAUUCAUGGGAGGAAUUUUUCCCAGAAUUCAUGAAUGGAGAAGUUGCCUGGGGAUCCUAUUUUGAUCAGGCUAUCGCUUGGAACAAACAUAUAGAUGAUGAAAACGUUCUGAUUCUGAUAUAUGAAGAAUUAAAAGAGGACCUGGUUUCGGGAGUAAAGCAAAUAGCUAAUUUCUUUGGUUUCCCUGCUACUACUGAGCAAAUUCAGUCUAUUGCAGACAGAACUACCUUCCAAGCAGUGCGUGAUAAGUCGCAGGAAACACAUGGUAUGGCUGGUCCACUGCUCUUCCGGAAAGGCAUUGUAGGAGAUUGGAAGAAUAUUUUUGACAAGCCUCAGAACGAGCAAAUGGAUGCUAAAUUUAAGGAAUGUUUAGCUGGAACCAAGCUGGGAACUAAGCUGAAGUAUGAUGUCUAUUGCAAAACCUGA